AUGGCAUUACCUCCUGAGGCUGCUAUACCACGAGUUUUUAAUAAAGAUUCUCCACCACCACCUUCAAUCGAUUCAUCGCCAGCUCCAGAUUCAUCUUCUCCACCGCCAACAUACACUUCUCCUCUCCCUUCUGAUGAUCCUAUACCACCAAAUCAUGAUUCCCCACCACCACCACCACCACCACCAACAAAAGAAUCUUCCUCAGAACCAACCCCUUCAACACCUGAAAUACACAAAUCACCACCGCAGGAGGGAUCGUCUUCUCCUCCAACUUCAUUGCCUACCACUCCCGCUCCUCCUGGUUCUCUUCCUACAAAUGCCUUAUCUCCACCAUCACAUCACUCGCCGUCACACAAGUCGCCAGAUUCCUCAGCCUCUAAUGGUGGUGGUUCAUCGCCGUCUCCAUCAUCUGAUUCCUCUUCUUCAUUUGUGCCAAUUAUUAUUGGGAUUGUCGUUGGGGGAGUAUUGAUUGUUGCCUUAUUCGCCAUUUGCCUAGCAUGUUCAAAGAGGAAGAAGAAACGGACAUACUAUCCUCCAUAUCCAGGCAAAGGUGGUGACAAAUACUACAAUGGCAACUCAGACCAUAUUGUUAAACUUCCUCCACCACAGGGUGUUAUGGGGACACCAGUAGGUGGUGCUGGAGGAUGGGUAGCUCCACCACCACCAGGAAACACCAUUAGUGAAUUUGGCUCUGGGCAACACCAUAUACCUUUGCCAUCUCCAUCACCUAACAUGGGUAUGGGUGGCUUUUCCCAGAGCCAGUUCACUUACGAUGAACUUGCAACAGCAACAGGGGGGUUUUCUCAAGCCAAUUUGUUGGGACAAGGUGGAUUCGGGUACGUACACAAAGGUAUUUUACCGAAUGGAAGGGAAGUCGCGGUUAAAAGUCUCAAGUCGGGCAGUGGACAAGGAGAACGAGAAUUCCAGGCCGAGGUUGAAAUCAUUAGUCGUGUCCAUCAUCGCCACCUCGUGUCUCUUGUUGGAUAUUGCAUUGCUGAUGGACAGAGAAUGUUGGUGUACGAAUUUGUUCCCAAUUCGACCUUGGAACACCACCUUCAUGGGAAUGGUCAGCCAGUGAUGGACUGGGAGACUAGGCUUCGAAUAGCGGUGGGAUCAGCUAAGGGGCUUGCUUAUCUGCAUGAAGACUGCCACCCUCGGAUCAUCCACCGUGAUAUCAAGGCUGCAAAUAUCCUUCUCGACAACAAUUAUGAGGCCAUGGUGGCAGAUUUUGGGUUGGCUAAGCUCUCUUCAGAUAAUUUUACUCACGUUUCCACACGUGUCAUGGGAACUUUUGGGUACCUAGCUCCUGAGUAUGCAUCCAGUGGCAAACUAAGUGAAAAAUCUGAUGUUUUCUCGUUCGGGGUGAUGCUCUUAGAACUCAUAACUGGGCGACGACCUGUGGAUCUUACGAAUAGAAUAAUGGAGGACAGCUUAGUAGACUGGGCUAGGCCACUUAUGGCUCAAGCUUUGGAAGAUGGAAACUACGAUGAGCUCGUGGAGCCACGCCUUGAAGGUAACUUCAUUCCCCUGGAGAUGGCUCGAAUGGUAGCCUGUGCAGCUGCUAGCAUACGCCAUUCUGCCAGAAGGCGCCCGCGGAUGAGCCAGAUUGUACGUGCAUUGGAAGGAGACUCAUCCCUCGAUGACUUAAGCGAAGGUGGGAAAUCCUCAAGCCAGGGUGGCCUGAGUGCAGCACAUAACCAUGGUGGGAGCAACACUGAUAUCUAUGACACUCGUGCAUACAAUGCUGACAUGACGAAGUUCAGGAAGAUGGUGAUUUCAAACCCGGAUAACGCAAGCAGCGAAUAUGGAGCAACAAGCGAGUACGGGCUCAAUCCGUCCUCAUCAAGCAGCGACUCCAGAGAGCUUGACGAUUCAGGUCCGCACAAGCCAAAACCAUAG